AUGGUAGAGACGGACUGGAGAGAACUACUUAGUUUCUCUCAAAGAGAACUCAAAGAAGCGGACAAAGAGAAGCUUUGCGAAUCUUUAUCAUGGAUGGAAGUUGAUGAUAUUGAAUUAAACUUUACGGAUUUGAAAACUUUAUUUCGUCUUGCACAGGACAUUCUUAAGUUUAAGAAUGAGCAGGUAAACAAUUUACUUGGCCAGUUAGAAACUCAAAGAAAAGGCAAAGGGAAAGCGAAAGGGCAGUAUGUGGCGUCACCAACAAGAAGCAACGACAGCGUAUUAGACACUAUAGCCGACCAAGAAGAAGUAAUAAAAGCAAAUAAAGAAAUUCUCGAGCAACUCUACGCAGACAUCGCUGAGUUGGAAGGCAAAAAAUCUAAAUUAGAAGAAAGGCACGAUGACGAUACAGAGUCCAGUAGAGAUGCGUUGUCUGAAAUGAAUGCGGUGGCCCAACUCGAGAACGAAAUUACACUGAAGAAUAGACAUAUUAGGAAACUGCUUGGUGAUGUCAAGGUUUUAGAAGAUGAUAAUAAUAAGCUGAAAGAAAAACUAUCAGUAUUGAAAGAUAAGCUCACAGAAGCUACGGCAGUUAUAGAAAAUUUAACAGACCAAGUAUAUGCGAUGAACGCAGAGUGCACAAAGUUAAAAGAAAACUUAGGGUACACUAAACAAUCAAAAACACAACUCUCCGUUGAGAUAGAGACUCUUAAACAAGAACUACAAGAAAGUGAAUCAAAAAAAGAAAGUUUUUUGGCAGAUAUCAAAGCUAAGGCUCAACAUUGGAAGGAUGUAGCACGUGCAAAACGCACUGAAAUAGAAGCAUUAGAAAAUGAAAAUACGAAAUUGAAGGAGGAAAUAAUUCAAACUCCUAAAAUGGUUUCUCCAAAGCGCAAAUCAUACGCAGAAGAAUACAAGUUAAAAGAAUUACAAGAAAAAUUGUUAGAGGCUUCUCACAAGCUAUUGCAAUCCGCACAGUUAAUAGAACGUUUAAAAGCGGAAAAUGAACAUCUAAAAUCAACUCAAGAUGAUACAGUGGAGUGUUCUACCACUGAGGUCAAAAACGAAAGUGACGAAGGAAAAGAAAGGAUUAUCAUAAGCAAAUUGAAGAAAAGGAUAAAGUCUUUAACAACUGCACUAUCGGAAUCUGAAGGGCUAAUAGCUUCUAGGGAAAAAGAGUUAGCUGAAAUGACAGCACGUUUACACCUGGUUGAAAAGGAUGACGGUGUUAAGGCAUUAGUUGAUAGCUUGAAACAAAAGAAACUGCAACUCAAAAAUAAGAAUGACGAACUCAAAAAAAUAGUAAAGGAAUUUAAUUCGUUAAAUGAAGUGGUGGACAACUUACAACUUGAAAAUGAAACAAUGAGGCAAAAGCUUAACAUUCCUAGUGGAGAACCAAUUGAUUCCAAGGACAUUGUAAGUAAAUACCAGGCUAUUGAUAGCCAAAACAUGACCCUUACUAAGGAAUUAAAAGCCAUGGAAAAUAAACUCGUAUCUGUGGAGCUUGAAAAUCGCAGUUUAAUUAAAAAACUAAACACAUUGAAAAAAGAAGAUGUUAACGAAAUGUGCAAUGAUGAAAUGCCUAUGGAUGGCGGAGGAGAAUCGUCUAGCUAUUUAGCUAAAGUCGCUCGGAAAAACUCAAAAGAGAUUUUGAAACAGAAUGCCGAACGAGACGCCGAAAUGCAAGCGAUAACAGAGGAAAAUGAGGGUCUUCGUAAAGGACUCCAGGAUAUAUUGAACUUUUUAAAGGAUAAUAGUAAAACUACGUCUGGAGUAUUAGAAUUGCAAUGUCCGAGUUUGGAAGCGGUUUUGAAUUCUAUGGAAGCGCGACACUCAGCCGGUUGGUUCGCGCCGCACAUGGCAGCUGUUAUGGAGUUGAAAGCAGCUCUGGGAGGUAGAGACGCUCUACUUACUGCAUUGAAUGAAGCGAGGAAAGAGACUUUUGACGUGAUGGACAAACUAUCAAAAGAAUCUAUGAAGGCUACUAAGUUAGAAGAAAAAAUAUCGCAAAUGGAAUCUACUAGACAAUUAGAUGCAAAAGUUAUUAUAAAUGAAAAUCACGAUACAGAUGUAAACAUUGGUGAAUUUGGUUCUUGGAUAGCUGAAGAUUACGAUGCUAUAGAAUUAAAUGAUAAAAAUGAAAUUAUAAAUUAUAUUGCUAAACGAGACUCUAUGUACGAGAAUCAAUUGAAAUCUGGAUUAUCAUAUUUUCAUAAAAAACUAAACGCAUUAUACAACAAAAUGACAGCGUUAGCGGUUCAAGCCGCUGAUGAUCGUAACAACUGGAGAAUAGAAGAGGAACAGUACAAGGCUCAAAUUGAGAACUUGAAGUCACAAAUAGUAGAAAAUAUGGAUGAUAGUAUAAGUGAAAAUUCACCCGGGCUUAUUAACGUCCCUGAUGCCGGUGUCUUAGAACGAAGAUGUUCCUACUUGGAAGAAAAUUACCGGCAUAUUAGAACCGUAAAUGAAAAUAUAAGGAACGAACUCUUGGAUUGUCAAAGAGAUGCCAUGUUAUCAGCAUCACAGUACGAAGCACAAAUUAACAAAUUUAUUUUUACCGUGUCAGAUCUUACAGACAAAUUGAGGAAAUCUAUAUCCAUUGAUCUAUUUUGGAAACAAAAUAAUACGCUAUCAGACAUCAUUGCAAAAUAUCGAAAAUCAUUAAAUGAUAAAAUAAGCGUUCAAGAUGAACCGUUCAAUUUGAUGAAACGACUAGACAAUGAUAAACUUGAAGUGUUAAAUGCAAUAAGAAAUUAUUUCAGGGAAGAUUCUAAUGACAAAGGAACGACAAGAGACAAAACAUCUAUCGAGUCGGCUCUCUUUCAAAAACAGAUAAAAGAGUUAUGUAAUGAGCUAAAUGAAAAAGAAAAAGAGAUAAAGCACCUGCAAGAGAAAAAUGUGGAAUUUCAAAUAUCUCAAUCUAAACUAAUAGAUGAUAAUUUGGCUGCCCUUCCAAACAAAGAUAUCGAAGAUUUAAGAAAUCAAUUACAUAAAACCAUGGAAGAAAACAAGUAUUUGAAAGAGCAAAACCAACAUACCACGAGCCAAUUAAACAUCGCGUUAUUGCAAUUGCAGGAAGUUCAGCAUAACAAACUUGAUAAUGACAUGGAAAUCAAUAUGCUAAGGCAUCAAAUACUAGAUUUGCAAUCUACUGGAGACAAUAGAGCUAUUGUGGCAAGGCUCAGUGGAGAAAUUUUGGUAGCCCAUUUGCAGGCAUCGGAAUUUCAAAAGAAAAUUGAUAAACUGAACUUAACAUUGACCAAUGAAAGGCGAAUGCGGGUUGAAGCUGAAGAAAUGUUCAAAGCACGCCAUAAUGUUUUUAAUCUAUACGCACACAGAUACGAAACUAAAUUUAGGUAUUUGUACGAAGUGAUGCAAGUGCUACGUCAACAAUAUGAGGGAUGCAUACCUUUGAUCUCGUUAGAAAAAUACCAAAACAACUUUGAAGAAUUAUCCCGGGAAACACACUCAGUGAAUGCAAAACUAAAUGAAAUAGAGGACUUGCAAGCUAAUCUGAUCAUAAAACACAGCGUAUAUGAACAAAUUUUGGAUAUUUCAAAAAACAAGUGCUUGGAGGAAGAUGAUGCAUGCCAACAUAAAUUGCAACUACUUGUAAUGCAAAGCAAGUAUUCGCGGGAAACGGAUUAUUUGAAUAAGAAAAUUGUAACACUGGAGCAAACCAUGGGUGAAAUGACUAAGCAGUGUAAUUAUCUUGAGAAAACAUUACUGCUAAUAAACCAUGGCGCAGAGAAGUUAUGCGAUGAUGGUAUUUUUGGCACAAUACAGUCAAAUGAAAACGUCAACGCGCCAAACAUGGAAGUCGAAGAUCUUAUAUCAGAUGAUGACUCCGCUUCACGAAGAAGCCUAACGAUAACGUUACCAAAGCCAAAAGUUUUGAAACCUCCAAAAGUAACAGCUGAUAAUAUACAUAAUGAUUAUGAAAAAUACCCUGAUCUGCCUGGCUCUCCAGAAAAAAUCCUCGGCAAAAAAGAGACGAUCAAUGUUUUUGUACAAACUAAUUUAGAACAAAAGAGACGAAUCAAUAAACUUUCACAAACAGAUAAAGACCUUCAAAUUCCGCACUUGAAUAAAGUUAUAAACGACCUUAAAACAGAAAAUGAGAAAAGGAGGAAAGAAAUGGUCGAUAGCAUUACACUCGCAAAGCAACAAACUAUAGAUAUUUUAAAUUUAAAUACUGAAAAAGUAAGUCUAGAAACAAGAUUAAAAGAUUUACAAAAAGAAAACGAUCUUAAAGACACAUUAAUUAAAACUUUGAACUCAACUGCAGACGAUUUGAGAAGGCAACUAGAUAGCAAAGAAAUUAAGAUAUCGAAAUCACAUGAAAUGGGAAAUUCUGUUCAACAAGAAAAUAAAGCACUUUUGAGUUCGCUUAAGCAGAUAGAAAAAGACAAAAACGCAAUUGUGGAAGAAUACCAAAGGUUGAUGAAAACUGAAAGAGAAGAACAUGCUAAAUCAACAAAAGAUUUGAAAUCUAAAAUUAUUGAAUUACAAACGCAGCUAGAGAGAAGAGGUAGUGAUUCAGACGCCGCCUACUCUGAAAAGUUGCAAGAAGUAGUUGCAAAAUAUUCACAGAAAAUUUUAGAACUUGAAGACGAGUGUUUUAAUUUAAGAAACAAGUUGGAUGGAAGUAAGACUGACCUAGUUUCUUACCAAAAUGAAGUCGAUCGUUGGAAACAUUUAGCAUCAGAAAGACUGACUAAAAUGGAACAACUAAGUUCACAAUUAGAAGAACGUCAUUUUCACGAAGUGGAGUCAUACAAAGCCGAGAAUCAGCAUUGGCUGUCACAACUAAGCGAAACUCAACGCGAGCACCUGGGAUUACGGGCCAAGCUAUCUGAACAAAAAGCACUGCACAUUAAACAAUUAUCUGAUAAAGACGUGCAAAUUGAGCAGCUGCGUUCUGCUAUACACACUUUGAAGAGCCAAAUAAUGAACAUGCAAACGAUAAUGGCUGUGAACGACCCGAGUUUCGAUUUGUCGGCCAUAGUGGAAGUAGAGGAAGUGAGCGACGGAGUGUCCCAGCCAGGGUCAGAGCGAUUGGAGCUCAAGUUCGACUCUGCACUGGAUCUGCAAGAUCUGCAAGAUGAUGCUAGGCUGCCUGCUACUUCGUCUACUAUAUGGCAAGAGCCAAUAAUUGAGCGGCUUCGGCGAGAGAAGCAGCUGAUUAGCAAGCAGAACGGGAUGCUUCGACGGCAGAUCAAGGCACUCGCUUCCAGGGAGAGGAGAGCCCGGCUCGAUGCACAUAACUUGAAGAACCAAGUGUUCCGUAUUAGUACAUCAGGCAGUAGGGUGGCUACUGCAGAAACAGCGUCCCUUCACAAUAAAAUUGCAUCGCUGACUGCACAACUCUCUAGUGCAAGACGAGACUCCAAUUCCAGUGUCGCGCUUUGGGAUAAAUGGAAAAAGGCACAGCAAUCCUCUGAUCGCUGGCAAACAAGAUACGAAGAUAAAUGUCAAGAAGUUAAAAAACUGGAAGCUAGCUUGCACCUUGCAAAAUCGACACUCUCAAGACUCGAAAAGGAAAAACGUGUAUUGUUGUCAAGACUGAAUGAAGUUAAACAGGAAAGCAAAGUUCUAUUAGAGAAACAAGAUGGAGAAUACUCGGAGAAGUCCCUACGCGAACCAGAAAGUGAUCGCUAUGAGUCGCCAUCGCCGCUCCCUGUGUCAUCCCGAGCUCUUCUUGACAGGGUCGAAGCUCAGCAGAGACGGAUCGCUGCAUUAGAAGUUGCUGAAAAGGGCAACGAGAUCCUAGUCGCGGAAUACGAGAGAAGCUUGGCCGAAAUCACUGUUCUAAAAGGACAAGUGUUGAAGUUGGAAUCGUCCCUCUUAGAAUCCCAGAUUCGAACGCCGAUGAAGACCGCACAGGAAACGCAACCGGAAUUAGACUAUUGGAAGAGCUACUGCGAGAUGCUGAAGGAAGAAAACAUGAACCUGACCAUGAGGAUCAACAGUAUUGAAACAAGUCCGACCAGUUCCCAUCAACAGCGGGCUAAUGAUCUCGAGCAAACAAUACUUACAUUAAGAGGCCUAGUGAGUAAACUCCAGUCUGAGCAAAAGUCUACGCUACAAAAGCGGUCAGAAUCUAGCUCAAGACCCAGCAGCGGCCAUAGUGGAAUGGAUAAGAGUCGUCAGCUCGAGCCUUACCGUGUCGAAAUAGCCAAUCUGAAACGGACCAUUCAAGACAAAGACCUUUUGUUGGAGAAGUCCAAGGAAAUGCUCAAGAUAGCCGCUGAAAGAGAGGAGGACCUACUUCAGGAGAACACAUACUUACGCCGUCGUUUAGAGGAACUCACCAACCGCCCAGAAGGAUUCUUAUCUGCUUAAUUCAGUAGUCUUUAAUCACUAUACCAUUACACUUAAGUAUUGGAAGCUGCAUUAAAAUAAUUGUAUGCACAUUUCAUUAAGAUAAUAUAAAUGCAAUUUUAUUACUUUUUCAUCAAUACUUUGUUUUUUUAGACAUAAUUACAUAAUUAUGACCUCUUUUCGAUUAAGAUAACAACGUUUUCAGCGUGAUUGUCACACAUUCUAGAUAUGACACCAAAUAUUUGCGUUUUAGAUGUGUUGAUAUGGAUGGAAAGCUAUUUAUAACGCAUUU